CUGUAUUUUGGUUAUAAGAGUGAAAUAAAGAGAUAAUGCAUCAGGUUAAAUUGAAGUCGAGUAUCUCGAAAUACUGAUCUAUUAAAUGGCUGACAACUUCGAUUACAAUGUUCUGGAGAAGGUACUGACAAUUAUUCAAAAAACAAUUAUUUAAUUACUGUAAGGGAUAUGAGAUAUCUAGAAGCACUUUUCAAUACCGGUACGUACGGCGGUAUCAUUGUUCGAUUCAAUGAAAAAAUAUCUCCUAAUUCCUAAGGGAGUGGUCAUUAUUUAUGGGGAGGGGGGGUUGGGAAAUGGGGAAAAUAAGGAUUGAAAACUUUUUUGACCCCCCCUCCAGACUGAAGGCAAACUUUUUGUGCCUCCCCCCUCAUAAAAGUAGAAACUUUUCUGACCCCCCCCCCCAGUGUGGAUUGAAAAAUUAACAGCAAUGAAACAGGUGUGCGUUGCAGGUAAAGUUAGAUAUUAGGACAAUCUGUUUAAUCUAGCUCAUGAUGUUUUACCCUGGUGAAUAUGAUUCAACCAUAUAUGAUUAAAAAAUAUAUAUUAUGUGUUACUACUUUGCAAUGCAACAUUUGUCCUACCAUAACCCUAACCCAUGACCUGUCUUCAUACAGUGAAAUGAUUUGAACACAGGUUUUUUUUAAGAACUUGUCUGGGGGGUGGGCAUCUACAAAAAGGGACCAUACUAUAUUGAGUGUGGAGAGAUGACAGAUGGUUGUUGGUGACAAAAAGUUUGGUGUGGUAUCGUAUGUAGUAGUAGGGGGAUCUGGGGGUAUUCUCCCCCAGAAAUUUUUUUUUAUUUUUCCACCCCUAGAAUUGAAAUGUGAGCAUUUUCCUCUGAGCAUUUUCUGAAACAGAUUUUUGGAUAUACGGCGUUACACUGUGCGUUGAUAGACCGAAUCUGAUCAGUUCAGUGUACUUGCAUGGUAUGUUUAUGUAAAUACCACAACUGGGUCACUCAGGAGGUAGAAAGCUUGUUAAACUUAGUGGGCUCAACGGUCACUCGGCGCCACCAUGGUUGGCGCCGAGCAGGGAAACUUUGAAUAUUUUGAGUCUCUAGAUUGUUGGAAAUAGCAUUUUCAGAGUCUUCUUUUUUGCUAUUUGUGAUUAUAGAAAUCAAAAACUUUUAUGACCCCCCCUCCCUUUCUCUGUGUUAAAACUUUUUUGACCCCCCUAUUUAUAAGGGUAAAACUUCGUUUGCCCCCCCAUUUCCCAACCCUCCCCAUAAAUAAUGACCACUCCCUAACGUCAAUAUCAGCGAUUCAUUGCCUGUGGAAUUCAAGCGAGAUCGUAUAGUUUAAUAGUUAUCAUACUCAAUUUUCUCGAUACAAUGUAAAUUAGCCAUACGUUUCAUCGACCAUGGCUUUGACCCCUUAAAUAAUUUCUUCUUUGCAGUAAUCUUGUUUGAUUCACCUUUCAAAACAGGGGUAUUGGCUAAACUUCGAAGUUAUUGCUUUAGAUUUUCAUCUUUCGCCCCCAUAUUUUAGUUUGUAACUUUGUAUUGUCAAGAAUUCCUUUAUAGAUAAUCGAUAAAAAUUCCUAUGAUGAAGUAAAAUUUCCUGGUAAUAUAUGGCCAUAUAUAGAUCCAGGAACCACGGAGCAGGGGGAGGGGGCACCCCCAUUUCUUCGGUGGAUAAAAAAUUACUGGAUAAGAUCCAGUCUGCGCAACUGCAUGUGUUGCAUAGCUCCCGUGCUAUCCUACCCUGGCCCAGAGGUUUUUAAACAAUACCCUCUGGCUCCCAGGGUAGUUCUAUCCUGGCCCCCAAACUGAGAUCUUGAGAAUUACAAAGUUAGCUUCCCUGAAGUUUUGUCUCAUUUGGGAAUUGGGAUUUUGGGCAGCAUCGUUGUUGAUCAAAUAUUCACAAUGUUGGUCAAAUAUUAAGGUCAAGGAAUACAAGGAUAGCAGACCCUCUGGUAUAGGCAUAUGCGGUAGAAUGGAGUGGGGGCAAAAAUAAAAAAUGGAUAAAAUUUGGCAAAUUUAGAGGAAAAAUCCAGGAAAAGAUGAAAGAAAAAAAUGUAUUAAAGAUGUACAGUUGGAAAUAUGUUGGGUCCGGAAAAUUUUUCCCUCCCUCACUCUCACCCCCCCCCCCUCCCCCCUUGCACCAACAAUUCCAGGAAAGCAUUUUAAUUAAUGUCGAACAUUUUAUGGGAGAUAGCUGCUCCAAAAUAAACAACUUGCUUUACGCUAUUGUUGCAUUAUAUGUUAGACUGUGUAGUGUGUAAAUCAAAAUUGUGACUGGUGAUUAUUUAUGGAAGGGGAGGGCAAAAAUAGGGGGGGGGGCAUAUGUAUAGAUAAAUGACUAGCUAGAAUGGGGGGUUAUUAAAUGUUUUCAAGAAAAUAAGAGGGGAGGGGUUGCAAAUAAAUUUUAAGGAAUUUGCUUAAUUAAUUAAUAAGCCUGGUAUCCAGUUGGUUGUAAAUGUUGCAACUAAAUUCUAAUAUUCUGCUAAUAUAUGUUUUUGGUUGACAUUAAAAACUUAUCAGUUCCAUAUUCUUUAAUAAUUAACACUAUAACGCCUUGGUAUCCCCAUUUGACAAGUAAAAAUGAAAAGGGGGGGGGGGUCAAAGAAAAAUAUUCUAAUAUACAGGGGGGUUCAUUAUUAAAUUUCUGCUCUUUUAAGGGGGGGGGCUUUCAAUUUUAAAAAUUUAGGAAAGAAAAAAUUCCCCUCCCCCUCAUCCAUAAAUAAUGAUCAGUCCCUAAAAUCUCCAAGGAUGUAUAGUGUUGAAAACGUCCGAUCUGAUGUCGCUACGUCUCCUAAGAAAAUCACUAUCACAGAUAUAGUUUAAAUCUUUAAUCAAAUAAAUGUAGAAAUCGCCAGUUAAAAUCACAGUCGUUAAUACACUCGUCGCAAGUGUCAAUUUCAGGUGUUCACUUAGAAAACUAUAUUAUGUAUUACAUGAAGUUUCAACAGUUGUGUCUAUCAAAUAUUCGUCAAGAUCACAAAGUUCUUCAGCUGAACAAUCUGGAGACUUGUCAUAGGCAUACGUGGGGGGGGGGAGGGGGGCUGGUGGGCAAAUAAAUAGGAGAAAUUCUCUCAAUAUUGGGACAAAUAUGCUAUAUGGAAGAAAAAUAUAAACGUUGUUCCGCAGAACUCGAAAAUUUCAAACGAUCUGGACUCUGAUUAAAUAACUGAAAUAUUAGUGUUGUACUUUCCGCCCACAAGAAUUGCACACACGAUCUGAUAAGUGAGACAAUUUAUUUAUAACAAUCGCAAUCGAAGCACAAAUUAAUGCUAAUAUAGUCGCACGACGUCCCUCACGAUUUGGAGUUUGAGACAGGUUUUUUGUUGAAAUUCGUCCUGAUUUUCCUGUUCCGAAUUUAAAGAUAGGUUACAGUCCCUUCGGCGCAUGUGCGGGCUUUGUUUACGUUUUUUGUUUUGAAUUUUGAUCCACAUUAAUUAUAUAAGAUGAAGUAUAUGAUGAGUUCAUACGCGCGGAAAUUGUUACCAUUUUUGAGGCGAAAUUGGUAACAAUUUCCGCACGUAAUACAAAUAUACUGAAAAUAUGCAAACUUCGAAAGGCUAUAUUUUCUGUAUUUUACAACAUUUCGCAACCAAAUUUUGCAAUUUUACUAAUUUCAUUAUAUAUGUUCUUUUUAGCUGUGCCUGUGGUGUUUAAUUACCUUCUCUUUACUUAGAUUAAAAUUUAGUCUAUGACAUGCAAGUUGUCCAUUAAUGCUCGUAAAUUUCUUCUAUUUAAGACAAGUGGCCGAAAUGGUAGAUGUUCUCGUAGCACUAUAUUGGUGUUCGUAUUGUCGGUUACCGUGAUUGCGCUAGUAGUUGUCAUUGCCGUAACUUAUGGCAAGGAUUUGCAAUGUGAUGAUAAGUACCAUAAAAAUCAUGCCCAUAAUCGAAGCAAAAAUUCAUCUAAAAUACACAACUCUACGACUGGAAACAAAAAUUCAUCAACAAUACACAACUCUACGGCGUCAAGUAACUCGAUGUCCUUUUUCCUGUUCUCUGAUGUCCACCUGGAUCCAUAUUACAAAGCCAUGGCGGGAAACGAUUUCUGUAGAAACGAGAGCAAGCCUAGCACUUAUAAUGCGUCAUAUGGAAGAACUGGUUGUGACAGUCCAUUGAGAUUACUGCUUGAAGGACUGGAUGCUAUGAAGGAACAUGCACAUAACUUGCCGAAUCUGGACUUUGUUAUGUUAUCAGGUAAGGGAUUUUCCGAAUAUGAGACUAAUAGGAGAAAUAUAUGUCAUUCUGUCGGCAAAACUUCGAAGUAUCCUAGAAUUUGAUGAUAAUAGUAAUAAAUAUAUCAACUGACUUAAAUUUAAGAUAUUCUGGUGAAUCGAAUGAAUUUAAUUAAGAGUGCUGGUGCGUCGUGAAUGUAUUAUUUAUACCUGUAACCACUUAUAAAUCAUAAGUAUAUAUUCUCUAGUUAUAAUCACUCUCCGUAUUUUCAGUUCUAAAAGGUUGUAUUUCGCGAUCGGCUGAUGAGAAAGAUCGUGACUCAAUCUUUACGACCUUAUGACUUAUGACCAUAUGGAAACCAGGCUUAACAACAUAUCAAAGUCACUGUGGAGUGUGGUAUAGUCAAGAUUCUGGCUAUUUGCACUUGACAUAAUAACAACUGUAGUACAGUACACUGUACAGUGCCAAGUAACAUUGUCUUUUUAUUGUUUUACAAAUCCCACUGUUUCCAUGCCAGCAUGCCUUCCAGUCAUCCACAAGAUUUUGAAUACAGUAGAACCCCGCUAACUCGAACUCCCAAGGGGAACGAAAAAUUGUUCGAGUUAGCGGGGGUUCGAGUUAACCGGAGUUGGUGUCAGAUUUUGUUUAUUAUGUUAAUAAUUAAUAAGGUAUAAAAGUUUUAUUAUACUGCUCAUCAAAAUUGCAAAAAGUUUAAUUGUGCAUCCCUAUAACUAAAGUUCUUUAGUCAGUAUCUUUUUAACUUGGGUGAUGGAGAAGGCAUGCAAGUUCCAUGCAAACUAAAGUUCUUAGCAAAAAUAUGUAGAGAUUUUACAAAAGGAACUAAAAAACUAGAUCAAUAACAAUCGUCGCAACUAUGUGUAUAAUCUUUUAAAAUUUAUGAUCAUUUAUACACCGAAUAAAUUGUCGUCAUUUGAAUAAAAAUCCAAGUUACCGGUUGUCAAAAUGCUAUGUUCUGACAUUUUAAGGUUUGCCGAUCCACGACUCAAAAACAAAGUUCGAGUUAACGGGAUAAAUUUGACCAAGGGAAAACAAAAUUUGUUCGAAUUAGCGAGGAGUUCGAGUUAAACGAGUUCGAGUUAAGCGGAGUAAAUUACUAUAAAAAACAGUGUCAAAUCCAAGGGGAAUUGGAUUUAGUUCCAGUUAGCGAGGAGUUCGAGUUAAGCGAGUUCGAGUUAGCGGGGGACUACUGUAUUUUAGCAUUCUGCAACAAGCCUUUUUGUAAUUUAAUAUUUCUAGGUGACACAUGCGCUCAUCGGAUAAAAACGGACAGGAAAAAUGUAGUGCUUGAAAUUAUGAAUACGACUUCAAAAGCAGUCAAGUUGAGAUUUCCUGACAUUCCAUAUUUUCCCAGUAUUGGUAAUAAUGAUAUUCCUGGUCAUUAUGUAAUGCCUGCUGAGAAUGAUACAUGGUAUUCUGAUUUGCUGAAUAUCUGGCAAGAUGCCAUACUGUGUAAACACUGUAAUAUGAGUUAUCAGACAACAACUGAAGCUGAACUGCGCAAAACGUUUUUAUAUGGAGGGUAUUACAGUGUGUCGAUUGCAGGUUUGUAAAUUAACUUCUUCCGUUUGAAAAUAUAAUAUAUAUUGAUAUACUUACGCAUCAACUUAGUAGUCCAUCCUGAUGUGAGAUUACCUGGAUAUUUGUGGUCAUGUGGUUUGGUAACAAUGCUCAAAUGCAGGGAAAUCGCAAAUUCAUAUUCGAAAGUUCCAACUACAUUUGAAAGUUCCAUCUACUUGCAUCAUUAUAUAACCAUCCUUCAUGCUUUGGCAGCUGUCGCAUGUCCUAAUUGUCCUUGAUUCAAUGAACACUAGCGCAUUUUGUCUGUUUGUAUGUUAGUAUCUUACAAAAUUCCCAGUAUUUUUGGCCUUUGGGUGCGUACGCAUAUUGAAAGUACUAGUAAUUAUGCUAUAGAAGCCCGCAUGUUAGUCUUAAGCAGAACGGGUUUGUGAGUUAUUAUAGCUUGCGAAAACAGCCACCCGAUUGUCCGGUUCCUCGAUAUAGUACUAAGCGCAUCUCACUUCUCUCAUCAGAGGAGCAAACAUUUCAGGAGACUGCUAGUCCUCUUUACCAAAAUGCACUACGUCACAGUAAUUUCAAUCACAAACUAGGCUACAUGAAGGAAACACCACAACAAGCACGACGCAGAAAUAGUCAACGCAGUAUCAUUUGGUUUAAUUCUAGCUCCUUUCAGUAAAAACACAGAGUAGAGACAUACAGAGCCGUAACUGACCGUCGUGACACUGCGGAAGCUUACGUUUUCAUGUACCCAGUCAGGCGACCGGGCAAAAAAUGAUCAACUGCGCGUGCUCAGCAAGUUUAAAUUCAGUCGUCAUCAGGUCGUCAUCCUAUCAGAUGCAUGCAUCUAGUAACUUGCCGAGCAUGCGCACAAAAUAGUGGGUACACUAGUAUGGUUGCAUGAACAAUGUGAAGUCCAUCAUUACCCGACACAAUGCACAAUCAAUCAGGAAAAACCUGCCACAGAGCUAUGUUCCGCAUGAAGGAACGCAUGCCCACUCCAGAAAAAUGCAAGACUAAGGACAUAGUAUAUAGGGCAGCUGUCGCAACAAGCAACACAAACAGCAUAAAGCACUAUACAUCGGCAUGACAUGAACCACCUUUAAAGAGCGAUACCGGAACCACAAUAGGUCUUUCAAUGACAAAAUCGAAAUAUAUUUGGAAAUUAAAAUUCCCAGCAAGCCUUUCGCGCUCGUAUUCCACUUUUCCGCUUUGCUCGGGGACAACCUUAAUUGAAAUAGCUGUAUACCGAGAAAAAGCGCUCUCAGUCUUCCCUUUACCAUUAUUUUCCUAAAGAUCACUUCUGCAUGUGGAAAGUCAACCUUUGCCCGUUUCAACGUUAUUGUGGAAUUGCAACAAAGCCACAGAUUAAUCAACUCAACACGUUAUAUCACAUUACACGUAUAACGUGAAAUGUGAAUUCAGUUUUGCUCUAUAUUUCUAUUCGGAAACCAUACCGCGCUUCACUUGCACUAUUAUAAUAUUUGAUAGCAACGCAAAUUGUCAGAAAAUAGAAACCUUAGUCGAAGGGUACUAGCAAAAAAAUUAUUCAUAUUUCUCGCCUCUCAUGUCUUUUCAGGUGGUAACAUGACAUUACUUGUACUGAACUCGAUGUACUGGACUUCGAGCACCUGGAGACCGGAUGACUAUUUCCAAGAAAGAGCAGAGAAACAAAUAAAGUGGAUAGAGGAGCAGUUGCAACUGGCAAAGUCAACGAACAAGAAAGUUAUUUUAACCAGCCAUAUUCCCCCUGGGUAAGAGCUGGCCUGAGGAAUGUCAAUGACCAAUCGCUAUAGCCAAAGUGUUGUCUGGAAGCAUGGUGUUAUAUAUGAUCGUAGUUUGAAUAAAUAGAAGCUAUCUUUCACAUGAAUAUUUCCAGCUUAUUAGCCGAUGAGGCAAUACCUCAAGUAUACAAGGACCUGCCCACAGAGAGCCCGACUAUGGCCUAUUAUAUCAAUACAAUAUCCACAUAAUAUCUGCAGUAAUAAUAUAUCACAAUACAAUACAAUACAACGCGACACGACACGACACAACACAACACAACACGACACGACACGACACAUGUACAACACAAUAAACUUUAUUUAGCGAUGGUAACACCAAUUACAAAACGUAUUCUCCCUAGUGGCAAUAUCCACAGUAUGAAAGCGGUCAAUGCAAGUAACACACAAAAACCCACCUCGUUCCCAGGCUCUUCCCUCAUGUGGAGGAAAGAGGCUGGAAGCGAGGUUUGGGGAAAACAAUCUCCACACAGUUAUAUCAAAGCGUCAGAGAGAAAACACGCGAGGUAGAAACCUGAAGAGUUAAAAUGUCGGCUAAAAGGACUAUUAAAAAGACUCUAGAGCAUAAAACUCUUAACUAAUUUUUUAACUACCCAUUUCGUAAUUAAUUAUAGUUAUCUGCAAAAUGCACGAUUCUGAUUGGCUAACGUUGCCACUAAAUAUAGUUAACUUUAAGUACUUUCUAUUUAACCGUCCCCAGUAUUGUAGCAUGCGAACAUACGUGUUCUUCUUGUUUGUUAUUCCUUAGUAUUGAUGCAUAUGCAGGGAAGAUAUUGUGGUUAAGCAACUUCACGGAUCUAUACAUGGAUCUUGUUACAAACAAGUUUAGUGAAGUUGUUGCAGGUUUGUAUAUUAAAUGUAUGUGAUUUGUGUAAACAAGCUUGGUUAACUCGCUCUCUUGGUUCCUUCCAGUAGGACGUUUGUGGGUUUUGGUCUACUCACUCAGCUAAAUAUCAACCAACGUAUUUUGCUUGGAUAAACGGUAGACCAUGUGAGAUGACCAAAGAUAAGAGUAGCACACAACCCUACCUUAGGGUACUGUACUGUAACUAUAGAUCGGCUUGUAUCUCCAACAUACUUACAUUUAUAUUUGAUAAUUUCCAGGUCAAAUCUAUGCCCAUUUCCACAAGGACAGCUUCCGUUUCCUUCAAGCGAACAAGAAAGACCUUUCAUAUAAAAAUUCUUCCUACAUUUUACUGAUGCCGUCUUUGUCUCCUGUGUAUCGAAAUAAUCCUAAUUUCCGAGUUGUUCACCUCGAUCCAGGCCUCCGGGCAAUCAAGGACUACGAGCAGUGGUACAUGAAUCUUGUUAUGGCAACAGGUUAGAUUUCAGCACAGAAUUUGUAUGGUACCAUAACAUAAAUGUAUGGCUUUUUUAUAUGUAUAAUAUUUUGGGGUGCACUUGAUAUCAUAUUCGGCCGGAUAGUGAGAUAAUCAAUUUCCAAUAUCCGGCCGAAUAUAUGUACAAUAUCCGGCCGGAUAUUCCAGGCCUUCAUUUCAGGUUAGAAAUGAUAUGAUAUGGUAUAAAAAUUAUUAGUAUUUAUCUAUAUGUUUACCUAAAAUGAUCGUAGCGAAGCUGGCAAUAGUUUCAAAAUUUUUUAUGCUCGCUUGCAAAUGCGAAAAAGAGGGUUUAGAAUUCGAACUUUUUGAAAAACGGUUCUCCAAGUUGGGAUAUUCCGAACACCAUCACUUUAUAACCAACGUUGAAAGAUCAAGCGUGAACCUUAUGUAACUAAUAUCCGAUAUCCGGCCGGAUAUUUUUCAACUAUCCGGCAUCUCUGGUAUCCGACUGGAUAGUAAAAUCCUCUACCAGUGCAUCCCUAAUAAUAUUUCGGCCAUUCUUGGAAUAAAUCUAGAAAAAAUCUCAUCAAACGUUGACUUUAUCGCAGUUGUCGGAAUUAGAUGAACUCCGCUGACUUAUUUUACUGUUAAAAUUCACCUAGUUGACUGCGAAAAUAUUAGUUGUAUAGCUAUUUUUUACUAAAAAAUGUACAAAAAUCAUAUUUUGAAUUAGCGGCACUUUAAUAUGUGACAAGAGCUACUUUCGCGGUGACAUAAUUAUUUGAUUGUCAGAUAUAUGGUGUAAUCUUUCAUCUGUCGGUUAUUUCGCUGCAUGUAGUUGUUGUACUAGUACGACGUUCUAUUUCAUUGUCAUAUUAAUAUACAUCUGGUAUUAUAUCUUAGCAUACCUCAAAAACUUUAUUCUCACUGGGAGUUUUCUCUCACAAUACCAUAUACUUUGAAUAUUUAUGCAUGAGAUGAUCAGUUAGUCAUCCAUAUACACCACGUGAUUGUCAGACAGUAUAAAAGUAGCACAGAAUCGGUAUCUUUUGAGCAUU